CCGCCGCAUUCCCAGGGGAGCGCGGAGGAGGAGCCGCUCCCCAACUUCGUGGCCCACGAAGGGGUGGGGGUCAGGGGCGGUCUCCCUCGCCCUGUCCGUCCCUGUCCUGACGGCAGAGCCGGCUUCCCGGGCAGCCAUUGCUAUGGAGACCCCUGAAGCUAUAAAGCCAGGUAUCUAGGCGUCGGGCACCUCACGAGCCGCUGAGCCCCCCAAGUAAAAAAGCAAGCGUCCCGGCCCCCGCAAGAGGGGAGGAGGUGGGGAGAGGCUCGGAGAGCUGGAGGAGCGGUGCUCCCCGCUGAGGCAAGAGGCAGGCGCGCCAGGCGGGAGUCACCCGCUCAGCAGGGGAGCCGGGGCUGCCCGGGGUGCCUGUGAGUGGCGCUGCUGCAAGCCACGAAGGUCCGAGGGGACGUCGGACACGGGGAAAACGGCCCCGUGUUGAGGCCGAGUUGAGGAGGUCGAGCUUGAGCGGGAGCCAGGAGUUGCAAGCGGCUCACACCUCCAGGCGGGAGGCCCGGGGAGGAGCGCAAGACAAACCCGGAGCUGCGAGACAGAGGGAGCAGCAGGGAGACCUGAGCGGGAACCGCAGGACCCUCGGCUGCUGCCACCUACGAGCGGAAAGAGCGGUACCGGUGUCCGGGCUGGGGCCGUAGCCCCGUAGGGUGAGAGAACAGGGGCGCCCCCGUGCGGAACGGUCGGCCUGCCCGGGCACGGUCGCCGGAGCCAUGCUCAAGCCCAAGGACCUAUGCCCCCGGGCGGGUACGCGCACCUUCCUCGAGGCCAUGCAGGCGGGCAAAGUUCACUUGGCCCGUUUCGUGCUGGACGCGCUGGACCGCAGCAUCAUCGACUGCCGCGCCGAGCAGGGCCGUACGCCGCUCAUGGUGGCCGUGGGGCUGCCGGACCCCGCCAUGCGCUCGCGCUUCGUGCGGCUGCUGCUGGAGCAGGGUGCGGCCGUGAACCUGCGGGACGAGCGCGGCCGCACCGCGCUCAGUCUGGCCUGCGAGCGAGGCCACCUGGACGCCGUGCAGCUGCUGGUGCAGUUCAGCGGCGAUCCGGAGGCAGCGGACUCGGCGGGCAACAGCCCGGUGAUGUGGGCGGCGGCGUGCGGCCACGGGGCGGUGCUGGAGUUCCUGGUGCGUUCUUUCCGCCGCCUGGGCUUGCGCCUUGACCGCACCAACCGUGCGGGCCUCACGGCGCUGCAGCUGGCCGCCUCCCGCGGGCACGGGACCUGUGUGCAGGCCCUCACCGGGCCUUGGGGUCGGGCAGCCGCGGCCGCAGCGGCCCGGGGCUCCAACUCCGAUAGUCCCCCUGGCCGUCCUGCCCCGGCGCCCAGCCCCGAGCGUCGACGACCCAGUCCCCGUCGUCUACCGCGGCCCCUUUUGGCACGGUUUGCGCGAGCUGCCGGCGGCCACGGCCACGGCCAUGGCCACGGAGGUGAGCUUGCCUCUGCUGGCAAGGGCUCAGGCCGUCACAGGGCACAAGGCAGCGAGAGGCCAGAGCUGGGCCGGAGCAUGAGCCUAGCGCUGGGUACCAUGACGGAGGAGGAGACAGCACGCCUUCGGGCAGGAGCUCUGAUGGCCCGACCAAACUCACCCCAGUCUUCGGGGAGUGGCCGGUGGCGCUCACAUGAGGUGCUGGAGGGAGCGCCCCCGACCUUUGUGCAAGCCCCUAUCGGCCUUAGUCCUCAUCCCGAGGGAGGCCCGGGCUCUGGCCGCCUGGGUUUGCGGCGACGGUCCACAGCCCCAGACAUUCCCAGCCUGGUCGGGGAGGCUUCAGGGCCAGAGAGUGGCCCGGAAUUAGAGACCAACGCUCUGCCUUUCUCAGUGCCUGGGCCAAAGCCUUGGCAGCCGGGCACGGAGGCUGUGGUACUGCAGCCUCAACGGUAAGGGGCAUGAAGAUCGAGACCUGCACAGUCCAUAUGGCUCUUGUCUCUGGCCACUGAGAUAACCCUUUCUCCAAGUCCUUCCCUUUUUCUGUGGCUCGCCCCCCCCCCCCCCGUUUUGUCCUUACAGAUAAAGGGAGACCUCUACCAGUCCUCCACCAGAUUUAAGAAAGAUCUCAUCUUUUUGUGCUGUUUGGUAUUUCCUGUGUAGAAGUCUCACCUUCCUACAACCUGACUCUUUUGUCCUGGGGAAAAAAAAAAGAGACUCGAAAGACUUCUGUAGGCUUCAGCUUUCUAGCCAGAAAAGUGGACCCUGCAGCUCAACCGCCUAGGUUCUGCUUCGGUUCCUGUGAAAUCCACUACUUAUUCUAACUUUUCCCAUCACCUUGGUAGCCCGGCAACAGUAGAGCUGGCUUUGCAGAACAAAGGCCCAGCCGGCCGUGCCUACAGUUGCUGACCAUAAUAGUUUGAUAACUACCAAAGUUUCCCUUCGCUGAAAGUGUUGGGGAAAGGGAGGAUUGAAGUCGCCCCAAAUGCUUUUUGGAUCAGAGGGCUGAUUAUGAAGAAAUCCAGUGGUUAAGGUUUUCUGAGGUAGAAACUCCUCCUUCAAGGCAGUGAGUAUUUUGGGGCUUUGUACCCCGACUAGGUGUUGUUCACCAGUUGUCCUUUCUGGGUAGUAAUCAUCUUCUGACUUCAUCGAUAUUAUAGGGUUGCUGCUCCUCCAAGCCCCUACUGCCUGACUCUUGGCUCCUGGGCCAGCUUGACCCCCAGCAUGAUUGCGUUCGGAUUUCAUCUUUGAGGUUCAGUGCUUCACUCAUUCUGGCCCAGCCUUUCUUAUAUUUCCACUUAGUCCUAGAGGCCUGAAAUGGAAAGGACUUAGCGUCCCACCUCCUCCUCCUCCUCCCAGCUCCCCCAUUCUGCACGUGGGUGCUCCAGGAGGGUAGAACAGUUAGGAAGGAUUUGCUUAAUUGUAUUUCUUUCAACCCUCAAAAGAACUCGUGUUUUGAGCCUUUGUGUAUGAGGCGGAAAGCAGCAGGUCUGAUCCGAGGCUUAAGAACCUGACAAUGUCUCUUUAAAUAGCACCUCGGCGAGGGGGAUAAUUGACUGGAGUGUUUGCAACGUUAAACGGCGGCGCGCGGGAGUCGGGAGCCCACACGAACCGCAGGUCCGGAUCUAAAUUACAUCAAACUCCGGAGGGAGCCUAGGAGGGGGCUGCUAAACGUCUCCUGCUUCUCGCUGGGUUAGUAAUGGAGGGCAGGGCAGAUGAUGGAUGCUUGAUCGAGACCAAGGACCCCUGCCUGUGCCCCACCGCGUGGGAUGCAGGCCCAGCCCAGCCCAGCUUCCAGCUUUUAUUACUGGGCAGAUUGGUGAGUCAGAAGCAACCGCGAAGAGGUAGUUAGGCCCCCUCCCCGCUAAGUCUUUUGUCCUCUCCCUCUCCGCCCCUGCCGUCCAACUAACUGUACCGCCUCCACCGCGGCGAAGAAAAGGGUUUGACAGGUCGCAUGCUCUACGACUCAGUGUCAGUGUUAGCUCCUGGUGGUGGAGCUGUACCAGCAGGGUGUGGUGAAAACUCCUGCUUCAAAGCAGUGGAAGUUUUCUGGCCAUGACUUUAUCUCCGGUUUCUGUUUGUGAAUCCGGAAGAGUGAGCGUGUUGCCCCUCGCCUACCGGCGAUAAAGUCUUUUUAAGACGUUGAUCUGUUGAAUUUGUGGGAGGGUUUCUCACCAGUAACUCCGAGGGCACUGCCAAGAGAGAAUGCUGGUGCUGAGAAACUGGGCCUCAGCUUUUGCAGAGCGCAGACACCUCCCCAGUUCCUGGCCUCGCUAGCGUCCGAGGCCACACUUUGGACGGUGAUCCUUGCUGCCCCCUGGUGGCACCUCUGUGCUCUCCUCGCUGUGCCGAGGGAACUCAGGCUUCGCUUUUUAUCGGGGAUCAUUGAUGUGUAACUUCUUCCUCUGUGUGCAUUGCACCCAUGAAGCGUGUUCCUCUUGUAGAAUAUUAAAUCCGGAUACUUGAAGUCACUUCACUUCAAUGAAGUGAGGAACAGUGUACAAGGAAAGUCAGCAUUGGGUGUAAGAAGUGCCCAGAACCCCUUUACCAAGAACCCUAAGUCAUUUCCCGAGCCAAGGCUACCGUUGAGAGAGCCCCUGCUAUCUUUGGAACAGCCGGAGCUGCCAACGCCUAAGGCUUCUGAGCCUUGCCUUACCAUGUGCGUUGUUUUCUUAUGAGUUCCUUUCCAUUCUGUGGCGAGCAAUCUGCCACCCCACCCAACACACACAGACACCCCCUCGCCCCCUAGCAAUCUGCCACCCCACCCAACACACACAGACACCCCCUCGCCCCCUAGCACACACCUGCCUCUCCUCAGUCCCCCGAGUGGCAGAUGAACAAUGCCACAAAGUCUGAGAAGCCAGAGGAGGGCAGGGCAGGGACACUCAAGCGAGCGCUGCUUUUCCUCUAACCCUUCCUCGCUCACAUUCCAUUUUCAACUGUGUUUAAUUUUAAUGACAUUUUUAAUGGUGUGAGAAUACAAAUAUUUUGGCUUCAAGCACCAUGAAGUUUGGCUCACACAUUGGGUAUCAGGGUGCUGUUAUCUUUUCGGCACUGCUGAUGUAUUCUGGGGGAAUGUUACCUGGGCCAUCUCUGCUGGGUAAACACUGCUGCUGUCUGUGCUCUGCGGAGUGGCCGGAAGCUGGGCGGUUGAAAUGAUGUUUUUGGAAGACUGCAGCAGAUCUUUCCUGUCUGAACUGAAUUGUGGGCCUUGCUGUCUGCACAGACUUAACAAGCUCCAUGGAGAGCUCCAGCACAUUUCACUCUCCCUAAACUUCCUCUGUCAGCUCUCGUACACUGAGGCUGUAGUGCCCCGUUGCUCCCUCCUGCUGUAGAAAAGAUUUUGCUGUGUAUUCUGCUUUUCAUAUUAUUGUCCUCAUUGUGAAGAGUCACCCAGGCCACUGCCGAUCAGUACUGGUUGGUGUAGAAGGCUAAAGGGCAUUGGCAUAUGCGUUUAGAAUGAUGCGUGUGGUGACAAGGACUAGCCGAGGGGGGGGGUAAGAGCAGCUAAUAAACCCAGUGUUAUUCCAUUUGGAGAACAA